AUGCUGCUACCUUCGCUGCUGUUGCUGCUGCUGCUGCUAGCUGGCACCCGCUGGCUGUGGGGCCAGUGGAAGCUGUGGAACCUUCAUCUCCCUCCUCUGGCCCCGGGGUUUCUGCACUUUCUACGACCUAACCUUCCUGUCUACCUGCUUGGCCUCACUCAGAAACUUGGGCCCGUCUAUAGAAUCCGCUUGGGGCUGCAAGAUGUGGUGGUGCUGAAUUCUAACAGAACCAUCGAAGAGGCCUUGAUCCAAAAGUGGGUGGACUUUGCCGGCCGACCCCCGAUAAUACAUGGUAAGGCGAUGGACUUGGACCUGUCCCUGGGGGAUUACUCUGUAAUGUGGAAGGCCCAAAAGAAACUCUCUCGCUCAGCCCUGAUGCUGGGCAUGCGAGAGUCCAUGGAGCCUCUGAUAGAACAGCUGACCCAGGAAUUCUGCGAGCGCAUGAGAGCCCAGGCUGGUACCCCCGUGACCAUCUGUAAGGAAUUCUCUUUACUCACUUGCAGUGUCAUCUGCUGCCUUACCUUUGGAGACAAGCAGGACAGCACUUUGGUACAUGGCAUUCAUAACUGUGUCCGGGACUUGUUGCAAGCCUGGAACCACUGGUCCAUCCAAAUCUUGGAUAUAUUUCCCCUUCUCAGGUUCCUCCCCAAUCCAGGCCUCUGGAAGCUGAAACAGUUCCAAGAGAUCAGGGACCAUAUUGUAAAGCAGCAACUGAGGCAGCACAAGGACAGCCUGGUAGCAGGUGGCCAAUGGAAAGACAUGAUUGACUACAUGCUCCAGGGACUGGAGAAACAAAGAGACGGCAAAGACACAGAGCAACUCCAUGAGGGGCAUGUGCACAUGUUGGUGGUGGACCUCUUCGUCGGUGGCACCGAGACCACGGCUACCACGCUCUCCUGGGCGGUGGCUUUUCUUCUUCACCACCCUGAGAUCCAGAAGCGACUGCAGGAAGAAUUAGACCUGAAUCUGGGACCCAGCUCCCAGCUCCUGUACAAGAACCGAAUGCAGCUGCCUCUGCUCAUGGCCACCAUUGCUGAGGUGCUGCGUUUGCGGCCCGUGGUACCCUUGGCCUUACCCCAUCGUGCAACUAAGACUAGCAGCAUCUCUGGCUAUGACAUUCCCAAGGAUAUGAUUGUCAUCCCCAACAUCCAAGGCGCCAACCUGGAUGAGACGGUUUGGGAACUGCCCAGCAAGUUCUGGCCUGAUCGCUUCCUGGAACCUGGCAGGAAUCCCAGAACACCAUCCUUUGGCUGUGGGGCACGCGUAUGCCUGGGAGAGCCCCUGGCGCGGCUGGAGCUCUUCGUGGUGCUGGCUCGCCUGCUCCAGGCCUUCACGCUGCUGCCGCCAGCAGAUGGCACCCUGCCCUCCCUGGAGCCCCAGCCUUAUGCUGGCAUCAAUCUCUUAAUUCCUCCCUUCCAGGUGCGGCUGCAGCCCAGGAACCUGGCGCCCCAAGACCAGGGUGAGAAAUCCUUGACAGGCUAGGACGAGCCUUGUGCCUCACUUUCUCCUUUAUUACUCUAUUCCCCUCCCCUCCCCCCUGUAAACAUGGUGCUGUGAGAUUGCGGCAGAGAAGGCUUCCUCGGCGAGCUAGGCACAGUACAGGCACACUGGCUCUUCUCUGGUCACAACCCCUCAGUGCUCGGCAGUCAUACCAGGGUGUGAGUGAGGUGGACAGCAGGCUCAGGUGCCCCUGGUGGGGGCCCGGAAAUUUCUGGGUCUCCGCUUCAUUUCCGUGAAGGACACCGAGAACUUGAAGCCCUUCCAGUCGUACCAGCUCACUCCCUGAGGAAAGGGUUGUCAAGGGAGGAGAGUCAAGACAACACCACAUCGAUGCCGCCUUAUCCAUCCCAACCCUGCUCCUGUAGGUGACUCCCAGGGUUCAGCCACCUCCCCCGUAAUCCCUGAGCUGAUGCCUUCUAAUAAACUAUUAAACGAUUUCUUCAA